AUGCCAUUGAGGAUAACAGCAAAUAUAAUCCGUGAUGUUUAUGCGAGUGAUGUGCAAUGGAGAGAAGCAUUCCAGAAGCAUAUACCCUAUUUCGAUGUUGUGGCCACCGAUGUGUACCGCAGUCACGAGAAUGACAAAAAUAACCUCCAGGUAUUUUUUUAGCA